UUAGCAAGUAGAUUUUGGGUGUAUACAAUUAUUUUUAUGUAUAAAAAUAUUUAGCAGUGAGACAGCUUGAUUGUUGCAAUUAAGUUACGGUUAAAAGAUACAAACAAAAUGGAAGGGUAGAAAAGAGACAAACAUAUGUUGUUCAAGACUAAAUGAUGGUAGCGAUGUAUAUUGUUGUUAAUAAGUGUAUAUACAAAAUUCAACAGGAAAUUUAUUAAGAAAAAACUGGCUUUAUGUGUAAUGUAGAAAAAUAACAAUUUUAUUAUAAUAACCACAAAAAAUACAAAAGUAAUGCUCAUUAAAAUAUAACAACAAAAUACUACUGGCAAAAUUCCACAGCCUUAAAAAAUAUUUUUUGGAAAAAAUGUAUAAGUGUGGUACAUACGAAUGUAAGAAAAUGUAUUAUCAUUAACAGAAAAUAGUUGUGAAAAUAAAUAAAAAUAUAAUAAUAACAAACGCUAUUGUAAAGAAAUGUAUGUUUUUAAAUUUCGUAAACUACAAUAUAAUUAAAGUAGCCGGUGGAUGAAUAUUUCGAUAACAAAAAUAUUAAAAACAAAAUAUUUUGUUUAAGAAACCAUAUGUUGUGAAAAAAUGAAGAUACCUAUUCUUUCCUUCCUAACAGUUAUGUUGGUUAUGCAAUGUGUUACAUCUAAACAAAUUAGUAGCCAAAAAACCUUGGAAACUUCAACAAUACCAUCAUCUACCUCUACGUUAAAGUCGUCAUCGUCUCAUCAAGCACAUGUGUCAACAGGGGCAUUAUUAACGCCUGAUCGCAAUGGAAUAUUAUUUACAAAUUCAGACACUUCUUUAUAUAGAAUUGGCAAAUUUGAAACAGCGGAUUUAAAAACAGAAAACACAAGCAAUUCUUCGUUAACAUCCUCUAGAUUGCAACAGUUUCAGAAAUCAAACAAAAGCACAUCCUCAAGUAACGCAGAUUCAGUAGCGGCAUCAUCAAUAACGCCUGAUGACAGCAAAAAUGUUAGUACAAUUAUUACACAUAAAGUUAACUUUGAUACGACACUAAAUCAUUUGGUUGUGGACACAGUUACUGGCCGUGUUUACGUUGGAGGAGUUAAUCGAUUGUAUCAAUUAUCACCCGAUUUAGAAAUCCACGAGACCGUUAAGACGGGUCCCAAAAAUGAUUCAGUCGAGUGCUCAAUUUUAGAUUGUCCCGUACAUGCCCAACGCAAACCCACCGAUAAUUAUAAUAAGGUUUUAUUAAUCGAUCGUGCUACAUCGCGUCUAAUAGUUUGUGGAAGUCUUUUCCAGGGCACGUGUACUGUACGAAACUUGCAGAAUGUGUCAAUCGUUGAACAGGAAGUGCCCGACGCAGUGGUGGCUAAUGAUGCCAACUCUUCGACUGUUGCAUUCAUUGCACCGGGUCCGCCCCAACAUCCGGUCACAAAUGUUAUGUAUGUUGGGGUAACAUACACAAAUAAUUCCCCAUAUCGCAGUGAAAUACCUGCAGUUGCUUCUCGUUCGUUAGAAAAAACCAAAAUGUUUCAAAUUGCCUCAUCGGCUGUUACAACGGGUACUCGAACAUUUAUAAAUUCCUAUGCUAGAGAGGGAUACUUAGUUACCUAUAUUUAUGGGUUUAGCUCUGAACGUUUCUCUUACUUUUUAACAACACAACUAAAACAUAAUCAUCAUUCGAAUCCCAAAGAGUAUAUAACGAAACUAGUGCGCAUUUGUCAAGAAGAUUCCAAUUAUUAUUCAUAUACAGAAAUUCCCGUGGACUGUAUAAGCACUGAGCAGGGUGGCACCAAAUAUAAUCUAGUGCAGGCCGCUUAUCUCGGAAAACCCAGUGCAGAUUUAGCAGACAAUCUUUCGAUAACACCUCAGGAUGACGUUUUGUUUGCUGUUUUUUCUGAGGGACGUGGUAAUCAUUCUACCGAUAACUCAGCUUUAUGUAUCUACUCGUUGAAAGCAAUUCGCCGAAAAUUCAUGCAAAAUAUUAAAUCUUGUUUUAACGGCGUAGGUUCAAGAGGUCUAGAUUUUAUAUCGCCAAAUAUGGCAUGUGUACCCACUAAAUUGCAAACUAUUGGCGAAGAUUUUUGUGGUUUGGAUGUAAACUCACCUUUGGGUGGAGAUCAACCCAUCACUGCUGUUCCUGUUGUAAUGUUUAAAGAUAAUUUAACAUCGAUAGCAGCAACAAGCACAAGUGGCUAUACAGUGGCUUUCAUUGGCACUCAAAAUGGCUACCUAAAGAAAGUAGUUGUUGAAUCUAGUACUGUGGCAAAUGAGUAUGCCAAUAUACCAAUAAACAUUGGAUCUCCUAUACAUCGUGAUAUGCAUUUCGAUAAUCAAAACCUACAUUUAUACGUAAUGUCGCAAUCUCAAGUGGCCAAAACUAAGGUAUAUGACUGUAGCGAUUACAAGACGUGUGGCGAAUGUUUAGGAGCACGCGAUCCUUAUUGCGGCUGGUGUUCAUUAGAAAAUAAAUGUUCGCCCAGAUCUACAUGCCAAGAUGAUGUUAACGACCCCCUCUACUGGAUUAGCUAUAAGACAGGUAAAUGUACAACCAUAACUAGCGUCAUGCCUCAUCAAUUACAACGCACAACGGCACGUACUUUAGAGUUAAUAAUAGAUCAUUUGCCCCAACUCAAAGAAAAUCUCGUGUGUGCAUUUACUACCGAGGAAAAGGCUCUUUUUACAAAUGCCACUAAAAAACGCAAUGGUGUAAAUUGUACAACUCCACGCACUGAUAUGCUGCCACAAAUUCAGCAAGGAAAACAUCAUUUUACUGCUAAAUUAUCCGUACGCACACGGAAUGGACCAGAUUUAGUAUCGACUGAUUUUACAUUUUUUGACUGCAGUACACAUUCGUCAUGUACGCGAUGCGUAUCAUCGGAAUUCCCGUGCGAUUGGUGCGUUGAGGCACAUCGCUGCACACAUGACACUGCCGAAAAUUGUCGAAAUGACAUAUUAGUUACUGGAGUUAGUCGAAUAGGACCUAGUUAUCGUUCUGGUCCCGGUUUCUGUCCCACAAUCAAUGCCACUGGUGAUGGAAGCGAAGUUUUGGUGGCAGCUGGUACUAGUAAAUCAAUUAAGGUUAAAGUUCAUAUUAUUGGACAAUUCAUAGUGCAAACUAGAUUUGUUUGUCAGUUUAAUAUUGAAGGACGUGUGACUAGUUUAAAUGCUCAACUAUUAGGUGAUACUAUAUAUUGCGACAACAUGGAAUUUCAGUAUACAUCACGGUCGCCAAAUUUAACAGCAACAUUUGCGGUAAUUUGGGGUGGUUCAAAGCCCUUAGACAAUCCUCAUGAUAUUCAUGUCGUCAUUUACCGCUGCCGUGAUAUGGCCGACAGCUGCGGCAUGUGUUUAGCCUUAGCUGAAAAAUAUAAUUGUGGUUGGUGUUCAUCCACGAAUACAUGCGAAGUGGAAGAACAGUGCAAUAAAAAUAAUAAUGAAGGUAAAACUGAUUGGUUGAAUCGCAUGGAAACUUGCCCAAACCCUGAAAUUCACUCAUUUUCACCAAAAACUGGGCCAUGGGAAGGAGGCACCAACAUAACUAUACGAGGAAUAAAUUUAGGAAAAAACUUCACUGAUAUCUAUUCUGGUGUCCGUAUAGCUGGAAUAAAUUGUAUGCCUUUUCAGCAGUAUUACAUAGACACAAAACAAAUUGUUUGUACAGUUGAUAGUCCGGGAGAACAAAUGUACCGCAAUGGUCGUAUUGUAGUGCAAAUCGGAGAUUACCGAGGUGAAUCAAAGGAGGAUUAUGAAUUUGUUGAUCCAAAAAUAACCAAUUUCAGUCCUAAAUACGGACCAGUAUCGGGUGGCACAAAAAUACGUAUAAUUGGCAAAUAUUUAAAUGCUGGUUCUCGUAUUCAGGCUUUUAUAAACGACCAUUUGCCUUGUGAAAUUUUAAGUGUUGAUGUAAAUCAAGCAAUUUGUAGAACAUCCCCAUCGCCUGGCAUAAUUGAGGGUCGCCUAAAAAUGGCAUUUGAUAAUGGCCCACGUGAAUUUAAUGAGUAUAAUUACAAAUAUGUAUUAGACCCAACAGUUGAGCAAGUAUAUUCCGGCCCUUCAGGUGUCCAGUUGAAAACUCCUAAAGGCAUACCUGCCGGCGGUAUCGAAAUUACAGUCAGUGGAACCCAAUUUAAUUAUAUACAAGCGCCUAGUAUGUAUGUCAUAUAUCAAAAUAUAACAUAUUUAAGCCAGUGUGUGGUAAAAUCGCCAACUGAUAUGACGUGUGAUUCGCCUUCAAUUGAAUUGGCAAACAGUGAUACCAUAGACGCCGAAAAUCCCGAAAAACUAGAAUACGGUUUUCUAAUGGAUAGUGUUUUGCAGGUUCAAAACCUUUCACUCAAGCACAACAACUUCUUUGAACUAUAUCCCAAUCCAGUAUACUUCAACUUUGAAGAACGAGUUAAAUAUUACAAAAGUGAAUAUUUAACUAUUAAUGGUCGCAAUUUAGAUCGAGCCUGCAAAGAAACUGAUGUUCAAGUGUUUAUUGGAAAGAAACUAUGCAACAUAACAUCUCUAUCACGUCAACAACUAACAUGUCGACCUCCACCGGAACCCUUUGCAGGUGAAUAUGAUGAUGAUGAUAGCGGCGGUAAUAGUGGCGGUAGAGAUGGUUCAGGUCCUGAAGUCGUAGUACGUGUCGGACGUUCGCUGAAAUAUAAAAUUGGUGUUCUAAGUUAUGCUUCACCAAAUAUUAUACAUGAUCUGGGGAAAAAUGCGUUCGCUGUUGUUAUAGCCGGUGUAAUAGUCUUGUUAUUGAUUUUUGUAGCACUGUUAGUAGCUUAUAAAAAGAAAACAUCUGAGUCAAAUCGUGUUCUUCGAAAUAUGCAGGAACAGAUGGAUAUCUUGGAACUAAGGGUUGCUGCCGAAUGUAAAGAAGCCUUUGCUGAAUUACAGACUGAAAUGACAGAUUUAACAGGUGAUUUAACUUCUGGAGGUAUACCGUUUUUGGACUAUUGCACAUAUGCUAUGAAAAUUUUGUUUCCUAACCACGAAGAUCACAUCGUAUUACAAUGGGAAAGACCAGAAUUAUUGCGCAAAGAAAAUGGAUUACGUCUCUUUGGAAAACUUAUUAUGAAUAAAACAUUUCUUUUGCUUUUUAUAAGAACUCUCGAAUCUAAUCGAUAUUUCUCAAUGCGUGAACGUGUCAACGUUGCUUCAUUAAUUAUGGUUACAUUGCAAUCCAAACUAGAAUAUUGCACAGAUAUUUUAAAAACUCUUUUAGGCGAUCUAAUCGAAAAAUGUAUUGAAGGCAAAUCACAUCCAAAACUUUUGUUAAGACGAACUGAGAGUGUUGCCGAAAAAAUGCUUAGCGCAUGGUUUACCUUUUUACUGUACAAAUUUCUUAAGGAAUGUGCUGGUGAACCAUUAUACAUGCUUUUCCGAGCCGUCAAAGGACAAGUCGAUAAGGGCCCAGUUGAUGCGUGUACACACGAAGCUCGCUACUCUUUGAGCGAAGAAAAGCUUAUACGUCAAUUAAUCGAUUUUAAACCAAUGACUGUCUACGCCAGUAUUAUACAACAACAAAUAUUUUGUAAUAAUAUGGAGAUGUUGCCAUCUCAUACUGAAAACGUGCCCGUAAAAGUUUUAGAUUGUGACACCAUAGGGCAAGUAAAAGAAAAGUGCUUAGACACUAUUUAUCGCAAUAUUCCUGCAAGCCAGAGACCACGUAAAGAUGAUUUAGAUUUAGAGUGGCGUACAGGGACCACCGGUCGCGUGAUUUUAUAUGAUGAAGACACCACAUCGAAAACGGAAAACGAAUGGAAAAAGCUAAAUACAUUACAGCAUUACAAUGUUCCUGAUGGCGCUGGUUUAAGUUUGGUACCAAAACAAAGUUCGAUUUAUAAUUUUUCCAUACUUUCGGACAAAAAUGAAAAAUCUCACAAGUACGUAUUUUUUAUUUAUAUUGCAAUAUUAUUUCAUUUUUGGAAAUGGUACAGAUUUUAAAGUUAUUAUUAUCCA